AUGGAUUCUGUAAACUACGUAGCGAGGCUGAACGAAUACGCACAAAAAGAGCGACUGGAGCUGCGGUAUGAGGAAGUUGGAUGUGUUGGACCUGACCACAUUAGAACGUUUACCUUAAUAGCUGUUGUGAAUGGAAAGCCAUAUCCUGAAGGUGUGGGGAAGAACAAGAAAGAAGCCAAACAGAGCGCUGCUAAAAAUGCUUUGACAUGCUUGUUAGAUGAAACUUCAGUUUCUACAGGAAGUGUUGCAGAAGUUUCUUCUCCUCGGGUUCAGGUGAAAACUAACUACAUGUGUUGGCUGAAUGAAUAUGGGCAAAGUAAUAGGCUCAUGAUAAGGGCUGUGGAGAAAAUCACACCUGGACCCAAUAAUUUAUCUCAAUAUUGUAGGUUUGUGGUGGGAGACAAGGAGUUUCCAGCUGCUUUUGGGAAAACCAAGAAGGAAGCCAGGGAGGAAGCUGCCAGGCUGGUGCAUCAUGAGAUAUUAGGCAAUGAAACCUUAGAUACUGGAGAUGAUCGGGACAGCGGCACAUCAAGUCUGCCUUAUGAGGAAGUUGUCUCAGAUAUCAGUAAUCGUGCCAAGCGGUUGAGCCUACAGUCUGAAGACAGCAUUCUCACAGAAACAAACUUCAUUGGACUGGUCAAUUAUUACUGUCAGAAAACAAGGAGCACCUGUGCGUUUGUAGAAGAGAAUAGAAGUGGCCCCUCUCAUAACCCAAUAUUUUUCUACAAGUUAUUGAUUAACAACGUGCAGUACUCCGUUGGUGAGGGCAAGAGCGUCAAGGAUGCCAAACAGAAUGCAGCUCGAUUGGCCUUGUCUGCACUGAAGGAGCGGUCAGACUGGGACAGCAAGGUAGUUGGGUCUGAUGAUUGCACACAAGCCAAGCAGUCCCCUCCAACAAGCACACUGGACUCUGGUCACACAAAAUCAGGCCUGGUGAUAUCAGCCACAAGCGAAUCAAUUGUUUUUAUGGAUCCAUCAAACCCACCCAAAGAUCAGGUGAUAAGUCCAGUUGUGAAGCCUAAAAUAAAAAUUGCUGCAAUUUUUCCAAAUGCCAAAGACAACAGUAAAGAGGAUAUGAUAAAUUUCAAAACCAAUCAGAGAGGAAAUCUUCAGAGUGUAAAGUCACCAACUCAGACAGUUUCAAGUUUCAGUAGAUUUGAAACAGACUACGAAUCCAUACAUCAACUUGAUAAAGGAGCUUUUGGUCGCGUUUUUAAGGCGAAACAUAAACUGGAGGGAAAAUAUUACGCUGUAAAGAUUGUGCGCUACAAAGAAAAAACUCUGGAGGAGGUGAAGGUUUUGUCGAAGCUGAAUCACUGUAACAUCGUUCGGUACCACUCCUGCUGGCUGGAGGACACGGCCUACUCCUGGGACACUUCUACUGACAGCAGCAGCGCUUCACAAUCUUCCAUUGACCUGUCUAUGAAGUAUCUCUACAUUCAGAUGGAGUUGUGUGAGAUUAAAACACUGCGGGUUUGGAUAGAUGAGAAAAACAUCCAGAAUCCUAAAAAAUCCCUCAGAGACUCCAGGCGAAGAGAAGAGAGUGUGGAUAUUAUGGUGCAAAUGGUCAGCGGAGUCGAGCACAUUCACUCCAAUAUGCUCAUCCACAGAGACCUGAAGCCCGCUAACAUCAUGUUCAGCCGGAACGGCACAGUGAAGAUCGGAGACUUUGGUCUCGUCACAUCUGAGAUUGAAGAUGAUGCAGAGAACCAGAAGGAGAGAAGAGGCUACAAAGGAACUCCAUCUUACAUGGCACCUGAGCAGAAGGAACAGAGGCUUUAUAACCGGAAGGUCGACAUAUUUGCUUUGGGUCUUAUAUUUUUUGAACUCCUUUGGAACAUACCCACUAUCCACGAGAAAGAAAAAAUGUGGACUGAUGUAAGAAACCAGAAGCCUCCUCAACUAUUUCUGUAUCAUUUUUCUCAAGAGAGCCAAAUGAUAAAAUCGAUGCUGUGUGGUAAACCAGAAGAGCGACCAGAAGCAAGUAAAAUAAAAACAGAUUUAGAGCAGCACAAACAUUUGCUUGCAGAACUUAAAACCAAGCAGCGUGACAGCAGGACAGUAAUCUGA